GUACAAUCACGUUAGCUGUGAUUUUUUCAUCGGUAUAUCAUAUAUACAAGAUAAAGAUUUUGUAUUUCGAUGCGUUUCUAAUUUGCUUUAUUUGCUCACUCGAAAUUAACGGAAGGAUUAUAAUUUGGUUUUAUUGCUUAUGCUUAUUAACUAGAUCCAAGUUUACGCUCGAUCACCGACAAGCUGAUGUUGACCGGCAAGCUGUGGAAGGAGUGAAGAAUACACGCACUUUGCAACAACUCGUGUCGACCGUGCGCUCUAGUGUGGCCUUGAAUUACAAUUCAUGAAGUUGUCAGUCGGCAGUUGGCAAAUUGUAAUCGAGUCAUUCCGUCAAUUAGGAUCACGGCGUUUCACGUUUGUGCGAUUGUUCAUUGGGAUGCAGUAUCCAGUGUCCGACGAAGCUUCUCGUUUGGCUUACUCUGUCACAUCACAAUGGAUACAUUAUUGCUUCCGUCGCCUUUCGUGCUAUUAUCGAGUGCUCUGGUCGUGAUCAGCGUUCUGAAAAUUAUCACUCUCCUGCAUCGUUUGUAUUUUUAUUGGAAAAAUAAGGGCCUACCUUACUUGCCAAAAUCAUUUUCAUCUCUUCUUAUGGAUUGGAAAUUGCUUUUUGGUUACAUCUCUUUCCCUGAAUAUUUUCAAUAUUUGUACAACUACUAUCCAGAUGCUAAAUAUGUUGGAGUGCUGGAUUUUUUCAAGCCUACCCUGCUUGUGCGUGAUCCCGAACUGAUUAAAGACAUCGUCGUGAAGAAUUUUGAACAUUUCUCGGAUCACCGUGACUUCAUUGACGAAAACGUAGAACCGUUGUUUAGCAAGAGCUUGUUUUUAUUGCGCGGCGAUCGUUGGAAGGAAAUGAGGACUACACUGACCCCCUCUUUCACAGCCAGCAAAAUGAAAUUUAUGUUCGAUUUACUAUCAAAAUGCUCUCGCGAUUUCGUCAACUAUUUGGAGGAUCAUCCGGAGCUUUGUCAUGAAAUCGAAACGAAGGAGGCCUUUAGCCGAUACACCACCGAUGUAAUUGCUACAGCAGCCUUUGGUAUAAGUGUGAAUUCUAUGAAAGAUCGAGACAAUGAAUUCUAUAUAAGAGGAGUAGAGGCUACUAAAAUUCUUACAAGACCACUAGUGAUAGUCAAGUUAAUAAUUUUACUCACGUGUCCUCGGCUUGCUAAAUUAAUUGGUUUGACUUUCUUUCCGUCGACUACGUACGAGUUUUUCAGGAAGAUUGUACGGGAAACAAUUAAAGCGCGAGAAGAACAAGGUAUCGUCAGACCGGACAUGAUCCAUUUGUUAAUGCAGUCUCGGGAUAAAGAAAGUAAUAGUGUACACAAAAUGUCAUUAGACGACAUCAUUUCGCAAGCUUUUAGCUUUUUCUUUGGAGGUUUCGACACCUCUUCGGCUCUGAUGUGUUUCGUUGCCCAAGAACUGGCGAUUAAUCAAGAUGUUCAGGAUCGUCUGCGCAAGGAGGUACAGCAGCAUCUUGCCGAAGGAAACGGUGAGAUUUCUUACGACUCGCUAAUGAAGAUGUCUUACAUGGACAUGGUGACUUCUGAGACUCUUAGAAAAUAUCCACCAACGGUUUUCCUUGAUAGACGUUGUGCUAAAAGAUACGAACUGCCUCCAUCGCAACCAGGCCGCAAGAAUAUAAUUAUUGAACCUGGCGAUCCGUUGAUAUUGCCUACUUAUGCUAUACAUUACGAUCCGAAGUAUUUUCCGAACCCGAAUAAAUUCGAUCCCGAAAGAUUCAGCGACGAAAACAAAGAUAAUAUAUUACCUUACACUUAUUUCCCAUUCGGUCAUGGUCCUAGAAAGUGUAUCGGCAAUCGAUUUGCUCUCAUGGCGACGAAGAUUCUGAUUGCUCAUCUUUUACAAAAGUUUACGUUUAAGACUGUGGAUAAAACUGUCGAACCAGUUGUAUUCGCUAGAAGAGAAUUUUCGUUGAAACCUAUUGGCGGAUUCUGGAUUAGCUUGGAGAAGAGAGAAAUGUAAAAAUCUUAUACCAGACAGUUUUUCUACAAUGUGUGUAGUUUGUUCGGAUGAAUUAUUACCGCAUUUCAAGAACUUUCAAUAUAUUUUACAUUACUAUGCAUAACAUAUGCUCAGAUAGAAUGGUAAAAUUAAGCUCUUUCUAACGAGAAAUAUAAAAAUUAAAUGUUAUGAUAAAUAUUGUGAUUUGCUUGUUUUUGAGUAAACUUAAUUAUGCUCGAGUAUUUUGAUGUCUUAAACAUAUAUUUUCCACAGAUUAACUGAUACUAAAAUAGAGGUGAUAUGAUUAAUACCUUAUAUGAGUUUAAACAUGGUUAUCGCGCAAAGUUUAUUGAACUUCUUGAGCUUAAUUCUUUUCUUCUUCAUACAGAUUAUAUUUAUUUGUUUAGUUAUCUUCAUAAUUUAACAGUAUAAACAUUAAACAAAGAUAUAAAUUAAGGAUUUAACUUAUUAUAUUUCUUAAGAAAGCGUAGAUAUAUAACAUAUGUAUGUAAAUCUCUAAAAUCAUAAUGUUUCGUACAAUAUCUUCAUUAAAAUUCUCAAAAAUUCAAUUGAAACGAAAAGUUAUCGUAUUUUGACUAUAUUAUUUGAUUAGUUAUAUAUGAUCACAGAAAAGAGACUUUAUAAAGGUAUAUACUAAAUAUACAGAAAAAAUAUAUUUUCCUUUCUCCUA